UGCUCCAGGAGCUGAGCUUCUUCCCCUUCAGUGCCUCAGAGGAGGGACAGCAGCACCAUGGCCCCCAGUACGGCCAUCCGCCAGACUUGCUGCUGCUUCAAUGUCCGCAUCGCCACCACCGCCCUGGCUAUCUACCAUGUGAUCAUGAGUGUUUUGCUGUUCAUCGAGCACUCCGUGGAGGUGGCCCACGGCAAGGCCUCUUGCAGGUUCUCCCAGGCAGGCUACCUCAGGAUCGCUGACCUGGUCUCCAGCUUCCUGCUCAUCGCCAUGCUCUUCGUCAUCAGUGUGAGCCUGUUGAUGGGUGUGGUCAAGAACCGGGAGAAGUACCUGCUGCCCUUCAUGUCCCUGCAAAUCAUGGACUACCUGCUGUGCCUGUUCACCUUGCUGGGCUCCUACGUGGAGCUGCCCGCCUACCUCAAGUUUGCCUCCCGGAGUCGGGCUCACCCCUCCAAGGUCCCACUGAUGACCCUGCAGCUGCUGGACUUCUGCCUGAGCAUUCUGACCCUCUGCAGCUCCUACAUGGAAGUGCCAACUUAUCUCAACUUCAAGUCCAUGAACCACAUGAAUUACAUCCCCAGCCAGGAGGGAAUGGCUUAUAACCAGUUCGUCAAGAUGAUGAUCAUCUUCUCCAUUGCCUUUAUCACCGUCCUCAUCCUGAAGGUCUACAUGUUCAAGUGCGUGUGGAGAUGCUACAAACUCAUCAAGCACAUGAACUCAGCAGAGGAGAAGAGCAGCUCCAAGAUUCUGGAGAAGGUGGUCCUGCCGUCCUAUGAGGAAGCUGUGUCUCUGCCACCCAAGACUCCGGAGGGGGGCUCAGAGCCGCCCCCAUACUCCGAGGUGUGACAGCGCCGGGGCCCCGCCCGGUGCUGGGAGAGGCGGAGCUGCCUCGCAAUCCGCUUCUUCGCUUCGGGGGCCCCUGUGGCCUGCGUGAACCACCCAGCUGACUUCGGGACAAUCUGCUUGUGCACCCCUCGCUGGCCUGCUUUUCCCGUGGGGCCUGGGAGAUGCUCACAAUCGGAUCAACGCUUUAGGCUGAAUGACUCGUAAGGAUUCAGUCCAACAACACACUUGGCUUAUUCUGACUAGCUCUGGCAUCUGUUUCAACAAUUGGUCAUUGUAAAUUCAUUGUGUUUGGUUAAAUAAUUUUCAACAUGACCAGGUUAACCAAGUGGCUGACACAUUUAAGAAAAAUACACUUGUCGGUUCAGUAAAAUAAUCUGGUCAGACUGUAGCAGUGCAUUGCGCUGGUUUGUAAACAGUUGUCAGUUUGCACAGCACUUUAGCAAAGCAAUCAUCAGUUAGUCCUCCUCACCAGAUCCACAUGUUCAAGUUCGUCCGACAGCGUGCUUGAAUAAUGGCCAAGUUGGCUAACCCAGUCAAUUUAGAAUAGGGCUUAAAUUCGAUAAUUAAGGGAAAGAUCAGAUUACCCCCCACACCAUACAGUUCAUUUCAACCCAAUACAGUAACUGGCUGCCCACUCUGACCAAUUCAGUAGGGCCAAGUGGCUGAAUAAUUGUUACUUCAAAUGAAAAUUCAGUCAGUCAGUUGCCAAACCAUCAUCGUUCAACAGCUAGUUCCAGGAAAUGACAGCAGUUUUAAUCAUCAGACGGUCCCUAUGAACACACAUUGUUUUGCUUGUGAGUUGUCACCGUUGGCACGUGGUCGGGAGUCACACGUGGUCGGAGCUGUCACAGAGCAGUGGACUGUGUGAAAUGGGCUGCCUCGGCCAUGGCCAUUCAUCUCCAGUAACGCACCGUCAGUCCAUUCCACAGCCCAGUCUGUCCACCGCCAAUUUGGUUGUCAGUGACCCGGUUCUGCCUGAAGCUUGCGGUCAAGCAGAAAUUCAGCCCCGAAAUCAGGCGAAGCCAUUUGUUGGACUAAAUCCACAUAUUAGUUCAGUCGAAACAGGCAAACCUUUUGUGGGUGCGGACCUUGCCACGGGGGCUGGUGUUGGAGCUGCCGGGAGAGGUUUGGCCCCAACACCCCCUCUUUCGCUUGCUUCCCGGAGGGCUGGGGUUCCUGAGGGAGCUGACCCAGAGGUGGAGGUAGGGCCCCAGGGGAGGGCUCUCUGGGGUCUUCAGUGGGGUACAGAAGGGGAGGGCUGUGCGAGAGGCUCUCCGCCCACACUCGCUCACAAAAUUGCUUUGUGUGUGACGGGGAAGAAGUUUCAAUAAAGCAGCGACAAGCUUC